AUGAUGGCCUCUCCCGGCAUGGUGUCUACUGUGACCACGUCGCCGACGACGCCGUCGACCGGGUCCGAGGGGCGGCCUGACCCGCUGCUGGCCGCGGUCACCGCGGAGAGGAAGCGCAAGCGCAAGGAGUCGAACCGGCUGUCCGCGCAGCGGUCCCGCGAGCGCAAGCAGCGGCAGCUGGACGACCUCACGGCGCAGGUGGCCGCGCUGCGCGCCAGGAACGGCGCCAUGGACGCGGCCGCCCGCGACGCCGCGCGCCGGUGCGCCGCCGUGCAGGCCGAGAACGCGCUGCUGCAUGCCCGGACCAUGGAGCUCAGCGCGCGCCUCCAGUCCCUCACCGAUCUCAUCCAGUGCAUGGAAGACGCCAGCAGCAUGUACCAGCAGCAGCAGCAGCUGCCGCUGGUCGACGCCACCAUCUACAACUACUACUGCUAG